AUGUUGUUGCAGUUUCUGACGUCCUCGAACCAAACCAUAGCUUACAUCGAGCAGCAUUUUGUUGCAUCUGCGAAGGGUCCUCCUCCCCUGGACGUACUCAUCUAUGCUGCUCGGAACAUAUUGUUUCCAACCUUGAACAUCGAUCAGAUUCCUGACCUACUUGACCUACUAUCGACGGUCGAGACGUAUCGCAGACACAUCGUGCUGAAGGCGGACGACGCCCUGGCUUUCCAUGCUCACUGGAAGAACGAAAACGUGGAAGAAAGUGUACUUCUUACCGCUGAGGAACAUCACUUCGCGGGAAGUAUCGUAGCUGAAAACUCAACAAUGCGAGACUCUUAUAAGUCCGUCAUUUCGGCCUUGUGCCAGAUGGACAUCUACUACCUCUGGACACGCCCUGAGCCGUCGAUAUCCAAAUUAGCUGUACGGAUGAACGAGUAUUACCCACCGUCCAACAAGAAAUAUCAACGACAAUCGGCGCUCUUAUUCCACGCCGACCUCUCAACGACGGAGAGGGCAGACAUUGAGGUGACGUGCAGAGAGACCAUCGAGUUCUUUCAACAGUCUCUCUCCUGGGCGCUCUCACACACGGAUCCUGGACAACCACUUUCCGAGUGUUUCCAAUCUGAUAAAUUUGCGAAUAUCUGCCGCCCGGAUAGUAUCAAGUUUGCUGUCGACGGGGCAGCUGCAUAUUUAACUCGGGUUCAAGAAGACUCCCAUAAAUUUGAGCAAAUCUUCAAAAAUGGCCCUACAACGGCCUGA